AUGUAUAACCCCAUAACGAUAACAUCGAGACGUAUUAAUAUAUUUAAACCUUCGUUUAAAUUUUGGCCAUUGCUGAACUGUGAAUAUGGUAAAAAUAUCAUAUCAAAGUGUUUAUUACGUAAAGUUCACAAAUUCUCACAUUCAACGAAUCCGACUUUCGCUGCGUCUUUUCGACUGGCAAUAAUUGGGAGCGGCCCGGCUGGUUUUUAUACAGCCUACCACAUGUUGAAAGAACACCCAUCCUCUUUGGUGGAUAUGUAUGAAGCGCUACCAAUGCCUUUUGGAUUGGUCCGUUAUGGAGUCGCGCCCGAUCACCCAGAAGUCAAGAAUGUUCAAAAUAGAUUUGAUGAAGUUGCACGUGAUGCUCGUUUUACUUUCAUUGGCAAUGUAAAAUUUAGUAAAGAACUUAAGAUUGCCGAUUUAAAAUCACAUUACGAUGCUAUCGUUUUAUCGUAUGGUGCUAGUCAGGAUAAACGACUUAACAUUAAAAAUGAGGAUGAUUCUAUCCGUAGCGUGUUUUCUGCACGCGCUUUUGUUGGCUGGUAUAACGGUCUUCCGCAACAUCGAGAUUUACAGCCUGUCCUUACGUGCUCAGACAGUGCUAUGAUAAUUGGUCACGGGAAUGUGGCAUUAGAUGUUGCCAGGAUAUUAUUAACAGAUAUUGAUGAAUUAAGCAAAACCGACAUUACCGAAUAUGCCCUAGAAUGUCUCCGAACAAGUCGAAUACGUAAUAUUACACUCAUUGGAAGAAGAGGACCUUUACAGGUGUCUUUCACGGCCAAAGAGCUUCGUGAGAUGAUGCACUUACCUAAUACUCGAUUUCAUACUGAUACUGAAUUAGUGAAAACGGAACUUUCCGAGAACACAGAGCUUAUUUCCCAAAAUCGCCCAUUAAAACGUCUAAUGCAAAUUUUAGAAAGUGGUACAAUUAAAACCGUUGGCGAAAAAUCAUGGUCUCUUAAAUUUUUGAGAAGUCCAGCCGAAUUUAUAACACGUGAUAACGGCGAUCCCUCUCAACCAAAAUUUAUCAGAGCGGUUAAAUUUCACAUCAACAAACUUGAGGGUCCACCGGACAAUCGGGUAGCUGUUCCCACCGGUGUUAUGGAAGAAAUAGAAACGAACCUGGUAUUUAAGAGUGUUGGAUACAAAAGUACACCUGUGGAGGGUGUGCCGUUUGAUGAAAAAAAAGGGUUAGUGCCUAAUAUCAAAGGCAAAGUAGUGGACAAAAGUGGUAAUGAGCUUCCUGGCCUUUAUGUAUCUGGAUGGCUUAAACGCGGUCCACAGGGUGUGAUCUCUACGACAAUGUAUGAUGCUUUCGAAACCGCAGAAAUAAUUGUGUCAGAUAUUCAACAAAAUAAGCCAAUGCUUUCUGAUACCACUGAUAACUAUCCUAAAAGGGGCGCAAAGGCAAUCAUACCAAUUCUUCAUGAACGUGGUGUACGCACCGUGUCAUAUGUCGAUUGGAAAAAAAUAGAACAAAAGGAAUUUGAAGCAGGAAAACAAAAGCAUAAACCACGUGAAAAAUAUAGCAAAAUUGAAGAAGUUUUAGGCAUACUAGAUAAAUGA